AUGAGAGAAGUUAUUAGCAUUCACGUUGGUCAAGCAGGUAUCCAAAUUGGAAAUGCUUGCUGGGAGCUUUUUUGCCUAGAGCACGGAAUUCAACCAGAUGGUCAAAUGCCCAGUGAUCAAGUUGUAGCAGGUGGUGAUGACGCAUUCAACACGUUUUUCUCUGAAACCGGAGCAGGAAAACAUGUUCCUAGAUGUGUAUUCGUUGAUUUAGAACCCACUGUGGUUGAUGAAGUAAGGACCGGAACCUAUCGCCAAUUAUUUCACCCUGAACAAUUAAUAUCAGGAAAAGAAGAUGCAGCAAAUAAUUUUGCAAGAGGACAUUAUACAAUUGGAAAAGAAAUAGUAGAUAUAUGCUUAGACAGAGUUAGAAAGUUAGCUGACAAUUGUACAGGUUUACAAGGAUUUUUAAUGUUCAAUGCUGUAGGAGGUGGUACAGGUAGUGGUCUUGGUUGUUUAUUAUUAGAAAGAUUAGCAAUCGAUUAUGGAAAAAAAUCAAAAUUAAACUUUUGCUCAUGGCCAUCACCCCAAGUUUCGACUGCUGUAGUUGAGCCAUAUAAUUCCGUUUUAUCAACCCAUUCAUUAUUAGAACAUACAGAUGUAGCUAUUAUGUUAGAUAAUGAAGCUAUUUAUGAUAUAUGCAAAAAAAAUUUAGACAUAGAAAGGCCAACUUAUACAAAUUUAAAUAGAUUGAUUGCACAAGUUAUAUCAUCUUUAACAGCUUCAUUACGUUUUGAUGGUGCAUUAAAUGUUGAUGUUACUGAAUUCCAAACAAAUUUAGUCCCAUAUCCACGUAUUCAUUUUAUGUUAUCAUCAUAUGCUCCAAUUAUUAGCGCUGAAAAAGCAUAUCAUGAACAAUUAUCUGUAUCUGAAAUUACAAACUCAGCAUUUGAACCUGCAUCUAUGAUGGCAAAAUGUGAUCCUAGACAUGGAAAAUAUAUGGCUUGUUGUUUAAUGUAUAGAGGAGAUGUAGUACCAAAAGAUGUAAAUGCCGCUGUCGCCACUAUAAAGACAAAAAGAUCUAUUCAAUUUGUCGAUUGGUGUCCAACUGGAUUUAAAUGUGGUAUUAACUAUCAACCUCCAACAGUAGUACCAGGUGGAGACUUAGCAAAAGUUAUGAGAGCUGUUUGCAUGAUAUCUAACUCUACUGCUAUUGCUGAAGUCUUUUCAAGAAUGGAUCAAAAAUUUGAUUUAAUGUAUGCAAAGAGAGCUUUUGUUCACUGGUAUGUUGGUGAAGGUAUGGAAGAAGGAGAAUUCAGUGAAGCUAGAGAAGAUUUAGCUGCUUUAGAAAAAGAUUAUGAAGAAGUUGGCAUUGAAACUAAUGAUGGUGAAGGAGAAGAUGAAGGAUAUGAAUAA